AACAAUACCUUUACUCUCAUUCUUUUCUCUGAGAAUUUUAUCUUCCGUCCAAGUUUCCGUUCAAAUGGCGCCCAAAGCAGCAGAGAAGAAACCAGCAGAGAAGAAGCCCGCAGAAAAGAAACCCGCUGAAGAGAAGAAAGCAGAGAAAGCACCAGCAGAGAAGAAACCCAGAGCAGAGAAGAAACCCAGAGCUGAGAAGAAAUUACCAAGCAAAGAUGCUUCAACAACAGAUAAGAAGAAGAAGAAAUCAAAGAAAUCAGUUGAGACUUACAAGAUCUACAUCUUCAAAGUUCUGAAACAAGUUCAUCCUGAUAUUGGUAUUUCAAGUAAAGCUAUGGGAAUCAUGAACAGUUUCAUUAAUGAUAUCUUCGAGAAACUUGCUGCUGAAUCAUCCAGAUUAGCAAGGUACACCAAGAAACCAACUAUCACUUCUCGAGAGAUUCAGACUGCUGUUCGUCUUGUCCUUCCUGGUGAAUUAGCUAAACAUGCUGUUUCUGAGGGUACCAAAGCUGUUACCAAGUUUACUAGUUCUUAAUCGCUGCUACUGUGUUUUUAGAUCUGAGAAAUUGGGGUUUUAUUUUGUUUUAGUGGUUUCAGUUUGGGAAUUAGGGCUUCAUGUAAGUAGUAGUCUCAUCAAUGUUUUGAUUGUAAUCAAUUUCAGAUCCAGUAUCUUGUUAGUGGGAUGUAAUCUAAUUUCUGGAAAUGAAUCAAUUGGAAUCCGUUUUGAUA